GUUACCUGUUCUACUCUGUGCCACUCCCUGAUAUACCUGCUAGUCUGCUUUGUGUCAUAUAAAAGCAAAUGACCUUCUGCUAAAGCGUUCACUAGAUUUUGGUUUCUGGCAUCAGUCUGAGAUUCUUCAUCAUGUGGAAUCCAAACCAAGGAACCCCCUAUGGGCAACCCGCUUAUCCAGCCCCAGGUUGUCCCCCUCCCUCAGGCACCUACCCUGGGCAGUUUCCCCCUGGCACGCAACCAUACCCAGGUUAUCCAGGCUCUACUCAACCACCUCAUACCGGAUACCCAGGGGGAUACCCAGGGGGAUAUCCAGGGGGAUACCCUGCUCCCUGCCCUCCAGGACCCCAUGGACAACAUGGUCACCAUGGUCAACAUGGACACCAUGGUCAACAUGGACAUGGAGCUCCCCCAGGCUACCCUCAGUACCCUGCUGGAUAUCCACCUGGCUGUGUUCCCCCAGGAGGACAUCAUGGAAAGCUCAAGAAGAAUAAACAUGGGCAUAAACACGGGCAUGGACAUGGACAUGGAAAGCAUGGAAGCUCUAGCAGUUCAGACUCAGACUAAGCGCCACCAGCAAAGUACUGCAUUUUACCCCACCUCUCUAUUCUGCAGAUAAUAAUUGCACAGUAACACAAACAUGCCUUUUAAUAAUGUUUAUAAUGUUGCUGUUACCUGUAUUGAUUAAAUAGUCUCAUUGUUUUACUAAACUUUUAUAUUCCCAACUUGUCAUUUUUGUGUGGAUCAACCAAGUAUAUGGCCAACUACAGAAUAUGUAAUGUAAUCUCUAUGAUGAGUGAAUAAAGAACCCAUAUAUUUA